CUGGGACCUCCUCUGGAUAUACUGCUGGAUUCACUGAACUGCACAGCGUUCAGCGUGCAAUGGAGGAUGCCAAAGCAGCAUGCAAGCACCAUCACGGGAUAUACGGUCUUUUACUCAGAGAUUGAAGAUGACAAAGUGGUUAAACAGCUCUCACAUGAUGUUCCCCUGAGUUUGGAUAUGCUUAGCACGGGUCAACUUGAAGGACAAGCAAUUUUUGAGGUUGUUAUCGGUGAUCUGAAGCCAGGCACUGCACACCGUGUUAGCGUUGGAGCAUAUGGCUGGGCAGGGAAAGGACGACCCAGCAUGCCCCGAGAUGUGACAACCUUACCGCAAGAUAAGUGCAUGCCCCCUGUACCACCAUUUCAACCCCAGAUUGUGGUAGUUUCUGAUUCAGAAGUUGCGUUAUCCUGGAAGCCCGGAGUGAGCGAAGGAAGUUCUCCCAUCCAGUAUUACACAGUGGAGUUUAUCAGGCCAGACCUUGACAGCAAUUGGACAGUAAUAAGAGAACAGAUCCAGAUGGAAUCCAUGGUUCUCAAGGGACUUCUCCCAAAUACCAAAUAUCAGUUUGCGGUCCGAGCAGCAAACUCCCAUGGAUCCAGCCCCGCCAGUGCACCGAGCGACAUCAUCCGAACGUUCAGCUCUGAGGAGUUAGGAAGUGGAAGCUAUGGGCAUCGGUAUAUUACAGACACAGUGACUGGUGAUGAUGAUGGAUUUGAUAUCGAUGAUUCAGACUACGACAUUUACAUAGAAGAGCUCAGACCGCUUCCUGCUAUCAAAGGAGGCAACAGAAAAUUUCUGGUUGAAACUAAGGUCACACCAGGGUCUAGUUCCAGGCUCCUGUCACGGGUCCUUACAACCACGUCUGAAGCCACUACUUCUACUCCCACCACGACACAGUCUUCAAUCACAGAGAGGGAGACUACGGCUUGGGCAGCAAGGAGGGGUGGCAUGUCUUCUGCAACACGCCUCUUUGAUCUCUCCUGUGAUGAGACCAUCUGUUCUGCAGACAGCUUUUGCGUCAAUGACUAUGACCGUGGUGGCUCACGCUGCCACUGCAACUUGGGAAAAGGAGGAGAGACCUGUGCAGAAGAUAUUAUUAUCCAGUACCCUCAGUUCUUUGGCUACUCAUACAUCACUUUUGAACCACUGAAAAACUCCUAUCAGACAUUUCAAAUUACCCUUGAAUUCAGGGCUGAAUCAGAAGAUGGUUUGCUGCUAUACUGUGGAGAAAAUGAACACGGUCGUGGUGAUUUUAUGUCACUAGCAAUCAUCAGACGUAGUCUCCAGUUCAGGUUCAACUGUGGCACUGGAGUUGCAGUCAUAACAAGUGAAAACAAAAUCAAGCUGGGGAACUGGCACAGUGUCAUGUUGUUCAGAGACGGGGUGAAUGGCUGGCUCAGGAUGGACAAUGAUGCUCCAGUGACAGGAGAAUCUCAG